AUGCGCGCGCCAGCGGGUGCGACACUGGCGGAAGCGGUCGGGACAGCAGGAGGGGCGGCGUCGCCUGCUGACGUGUCAAUAGCGAACGGGGUCACGGGAGUCGCGGACACCCUACUGGCAGCAGACGGGUCCCGCUUUUUACGGCUGACUUCCGAUUUUUUCGCGUCGCCUAGUAGCAACGACACUUCUAGUGGUAGCAAUAGCAGUGGUAAUAAUAGCACUAGUAGCAGCGCGUUUGGCGGCCCAGGCGUGGCGCAAGCGCUGUGCGAACUCAAACCCGCGGCGCCGACCAACAAUAACUCGCAGCAAGCGCAGCAGCAGCAGUCCCCGCGCCAGCUGUCCCUCUCGUUCUUUGCGCGCGCCAGCCUGUGCGCGGAGGGAGAAGGGGGCGCGGAAGGGGAGGCGGAGCGGCUGUUGAAGGUGCUGCUGCUGGCAGUUCCGCUGAACGCUUCCGCCGCCGCCGCAGCAUGGGAAGGGGCGGGGGAGCAGGUGUGGGGGGAGUGGCGGGUGGGUGUGCCGUGUGGGGGGAGCAGCGCGAGUUUGUCCGGCGCCUUGCCUUGGUUCCAAGGGCUGGGGGGGGAUGGGCUGCAAGGAGGGAUAGAGACCCAGGUGAGUGAGAAGGGGAGGGAGGUGCGUUCAGCCGACCCCUCCCCUCUCAAGUCCUUCUCCCACUGGCCGCUCUCCAGCUCCCACCCGCUCCUCACAGCGGGCUCAACCCGCCGCAACCCCUCCUCCCUCUCCCUCACCACCCUCUCUGACCGCCACGCUGUCUCCCUGGCGCUGCACCCCGCCCCCUUCGCCCUGCUCGCCCCCGCCACGCCCUCCUCCCCCUGCCGCCCCUUCUCCUUCUCCACCUCCUUCGCCUUCCGCAUCUCCUCCCCCAACGCCGCCGGGCUGGGCGGCGAGGGCUUGGCGUUUGUGAUGCUGCCGUCGCCCACGCUCGGCCUGCCCGGGCCCUCCCUGGGCUAUGGCCGCCUGCUGCUGCCACCGGGGAGUACGACUGGCACUGAUGAUUCCGGCUCCACCAGUGCGGUGUCAUCUCAGCAGCACAGGAGCCUGGCAGUGGAGUUUGACACAUCCUCUUCUCCUGAAUUCUUCGACCGCCCCGACCACCAUGUGGGGGUGAACCUGCACGGCAGCAUGCUCUCUCUCUCCUCUGCCCCCGUGCACCCCCUCGGCAUUCCCUCCCUCAACGCCGGUCAAACCCUCCUCGCCACCAUCCAAUACAACGCCUCCUCCUCCCAGCUCACCCUCUGGCUCUCCCCUGCUCCCCUCUCCCCCUCCCUCUCUCGCUCCUCUGGACGCCCUCCUCGCUUCCCUCGCUUCCCUCGCUUCCCUGGCUUCCCUCUCUCCCCUCGCCCCUCCUCCUCCUCUUCCUCCACUUCCUGCUCCGCCUCCGCCUCCUCCUCCGCCUCCCCCUCACCUCCUCUCCCCCGCUCUGCUGUGCUCACCACAUUCCUGGACACCUGCGAGUGGCUCGGUGGGAACGACCCGGAUGCAGCAGCGCUCCCCCCGCCGCUGUUUGUGGGCUUCACUGCGGCCACGGGCAAGGGAGCGGAGCAGGCUCAGGCGCACGAGGUGCUGGGGUGGAGGUUCCAAGUGGGGGAGGCAGCGGAGGAUCCACUUCCGUUUUGGGCGGCAGACUCGUUCUCCUUCCCCUACAUCACGCCAGCCACUCCCCUGCUGACACGUGGCAGCACACGGAAGCGUUUCUUCGCCGCUGACCUCUCUGUCUCUGCUGACCUCUUUGUUGGGUUCACCAGUGCUGCUCUCCCUCCCCCGCCUGGCCGCCUGCCUUCCCCCGUCGCCCUCUCCUCCUGGACCUUCCGAUUCACAGACACCGACCCCUGCAAGGGUUCUCCGGUGCUCCCCUGUGGCAUGGGUGCAUGCAGCAAGGCACCUGCCCCAUGGGACCCGUCUAUCCUCCUGCCCUCCUGCAAGUGCCCCUUCAAUCUUCCAUCCUUUGAACCUUCCCAUCUCUCCGGCCUGCCCUCCUGCUUCCCUGGUGAGACGUGGAGUGCGGUAGGCAAGGUGUGGAGUGCGAUAGGUGCGAGGUGGAGUGCAGUGGGUGCGAGGUGGAGUGCGGUGGGUGCGAGGUGGAGUGCGGUGGGUGCGAGGUGGAGUGCGGUGGGUGAGAGGUGGAGUGCGGUGGGUGCCCUUUUGGUUUAUUCCUUCACAUGUGCCCCGGGGGUGUGCAUGGACGACGUUGAUGGCUCCUACACCUGCCUCUGCCCCUCGCCCUUCUUCCCCUUCUAUUUCUUCCCCAAAGGCACUGCCCGCUGUUACCUCUUGCGAUCGACCGAGAUUCGGGUGCCCACCUUCCUGUCACCCUACGGCCUCACAUGCCCGCUCAUCCUCAACACUUACGGCCUCACCCAAGCGGACUUCCUCAGCCAGAAUAAGGGGUUCCAAUGCCGAGCGCCCAUCCCUGUAGACACUCUCGUUAACGUCACCAGCCGGGCUUUCUCUCAAUGCACUGCCAUGUACUCAGCCAAUUAUGGUGACACCUGUGACUCCAUCAACGCCCUCUUCUCGACGCAGAUACAGCCGCUCAACCCCUCCCUCAGCUGCUCUGAUGGGCCCAGGCUCGGCCAGCUCCUCUGUGUAGACUUCAACCAAACGUGGUUAGAGUUGGGAAAUACCCGCCUAACAUGCAACCUCUUCGCGCAAAUCACCCCAACCGCAGCCACACCCAGCCCUCAACCACCCCCUCCUCUAGCCAACUACACGAGCCAAGGGGUGCUCGUGACUGUGCUACAAGGCCCGCAGACCUGCCAGCAGCUGUGGCGGGCGUUUGGCAUCGCCUCCCCCACGCGCUUCUUCCAGAUGAAUCCCGGCCUCUCGUGCGACUCGCUGCUGCCACACAGCCCCCUGCAGGGGAACAUGAUGAGCAUGGUGAGUCGGAAGGCCUGA